AAGCUGGUGAACACGGACAAAAAGCAGGCAGGAAAGGGAAUUAUGAAGUAUCAGGCUCUAGAACGCGCCGAAGGUGCCCGAAACCUGCAGGCUCGUCGUAAGCAGAAACGUAUAAAGGAGAUGCAGAAGAAGAAGAAGCAGAGACCGGACUUUGUCAAACGCGCCUUCCUUAAGCGUGGACAAGGAGAGGUAGAGAGAAUCAAGCGUGCGGGCCCUACACAUAAACGUGUUAGAAAGCAAAAGAAUCGUGAAAGGGUCUUCGACUUCUUUGAACUGCCAGAAUAA